CGAUUUCAAAUAAUAUUUGUAGAGGUUGCUUUGAAUGGGUCACUUCGGGCGUUCCUUACGCAAAAGGCUUGUCAUUUUCUUUAAGCGUAAAAAUGCGCACAACUGUUGAAUCAGAUUGUUGCUUGGGUUCGGUGAUUGGUGUUGAUAAGACAGCAAUUCCCAGCAAUGAGCAUGAGAUUCUCCUAAAUUCACAGACUGGUCAUGAAUCUUGUUCUUCGGUACAGUCAUCUAGUUGCUGUUCCACAGCAUCACAUCUUACACAGGAGCAUCCCCCUAAUCAUAGCGUUUGUCAUAUCAGUGGAGAAAAAGCCAAAUGCAAGGAUAGUGUCGGAAAGUCUAUUAGAUUUUCUGGUGUUACUAUAUAUUCGUUCGCACGUCAACAAGGUUUUUCAUCGAUUCCGGACAAUGGCUGGUGCACCCUUGGUAUGGCGCAAAAACACUUUAGUGUUUCUCGACUAGAUCUUCGGCAACAUAAAAUUUUGCAGAGACUUCGACGCAGACAACAAAAAUUGCUCUCCCAAAAAUGUCCGUUUGUCCCCAAUAUAUCUGGUCGCGGACGUGGCAAGAAUAAGAUUAAAGGAAGAGGUAAACGUGCAAAUGGACUGUGUAGUCGUAGUCCCGGUGAUUCAUGUCGUGUACCAAUUUUGUCACCACCUCCACCACUUUCUCCGCAAAUCAGUUACGACAAGGUUAAUUUUGUCGGCCACACAGACAAUACAAUUUCUAGUUCUCAUGCUACUCCUCCUCCCCCUUGUUUGUCCCCUCCUUCACCAAAAAGGUUUCUCCACACUUUGGAUGAAUCUUUAGUCGACAACAGUAUUUGCAACUCACUCGAUUUUCUGGAUACAGACUCCGAAGCUUCUCUUGAUCAUGUUCCUUCUGUAAAUUCAUCCAAACGUACGCAAAAUAACUCACGAGAAAAGUUGAUGCCUUUACACUCUGCCGCAAGAAUAAGACUUUUGAGGUCAUCUGGUGUUGUGGAAAUUGAUGAAUCCGAACGUCUUGUGUGUUCGUAUAUACGGGCUAUGCGCUCCCGUGUUGGUUGCAACUGUGGUCCAAAGAAUUCAUGUAUACCUGGUCAGUGCCCAUGCGCAGAUGAUGGAAUUCCUUGUCAGGUUGAUCGAGCAUCCUUUCCUUGUUCUUGUGCAGCCGACGGUUGUCGCAAUCCAAAUGGUCGUAAUGAGUUCUCUCGUGAACAAGUCCGUACACAUACUCAACAUGUAUUAGCACGUUGGACCAGUGAUUAUUCUGAUCAACCUGUCAAAUCUCCACUGUAUAUGUCAGAAGCAGAGCUUAGUACACCGAACGGUGCUUGUUCACUCUGUUUGGACUGUUCCAAAACAGUAACAAUGUCACCAAAUAGUCCUAUGUUUUUGUCCAGUAAUAGAUAUUCUGAACUAGUCCAACAAUUAAACUUAUCUUUGGACAAUCAGUUUCUUUCAACUCCGUGCACAGAUGUGACACACACAAAGGACUACAAUAUACCUCCUAUAGAUACAACCGAAGAAAAUUGGUCGGAUCAUAGUCCAUGUUCCAAGCCUUUGAAAAGAAGUCGUUUAAUAUCAAAUCAUAAUAACAGUGCUGACAAUCAAGUUUUACAAAAUUCUGUCGUCUCAUCUGUUAGCUUUUCUGGCUCUCCACUGAUGAUCGAUUUAACAUUGUCACCAGAUGAAAAAUCACUCAAUAGCAGUCCGAAAUCAACUCGUGAUCGGAAUCGAUUGACAAAUAACGAACAAACACCUUUUAGUAAACAAUCAUGUCCGAUGUCUAUUCCAAAAGUCCCGCAUACACAAUGUGCUUCACUAGAUAAUAAUUGUAUUACAAUUAGUGAUAUUCCCGAAGCACCCAGAUCAUGUUUUACAAAUGAAAUUUCAAAUGAUGAUUCAUUAUCUGAUAUUUCAGUAAUUAUUAACAAUAAUGAUAUCAAUAAGGAUUUUCAAUCUGUGACAAAAGUUAUUCAUCGACGAAGAUCACGUUCAGCUGAUACCACAGGAUCAUCUAACGAUGAUAACUUUCCCAUGGAGAUGAGCAAUAAUCAUUCAAAAAAUGUUGAAAACAUUCUUAACCAUAUCUUUUCACUAGAUUCUUUUGGUUGUGAUGUGACUAAGUCUAGCUCAAGUGUUAAGCAAUUAUCUCAAGUUCCCAAUGGGUUUGAAUAUGCGAAAUCAAAUACUUGUUCGGCUGUUACUUCUAUUAUGAACACCAAUAAUAAAGAUUGCCUUCUGUCAAAAUCAGCACCAAAUAGUCCAUAUUUACAAAAAAAUGAUUAUCCAUAUGGUAGAAUAUCUUUACGUCGUCGUGCUAUUCCACGUACUCCAUUAAUAACACCUUUAAGAAGAAAAGUAUUAACACCAUCUAAUCAUCAUAUACAUAAAAAACAAUUUAAUUUAUUAUCAACUUGUAAUAAUAAAACAAAGUUAUCCAUUCAUGAAAAUCUAUCAACAUCUAUUUCACAGCUUUGUGAUGAUGAUGAUGAUGACAACGACAAUGCUAACAGUAAUAAUAAUAAUAGUGAUAAUAAUAAUAAUGGUAAUAAUAAUAAUGAUCUAAUCACUGAAAUUCAUUCACAACCAUCAUCAUCAGGAUUCUCAUCAACAUCAUGAGGAUCCUCCUCCUCCUCAUCAUCAGGAUCCUCAUCAACAUCAUCGAGAUCCUCAUCAUCAUCUGGUGAUAUGAAAAUUCAAUCCACUGUAUAUUAAUCCUUGUUAUUUUGAAUAGAUUCAAUAGAUGAUGGAUGUAUAUGUAUAUAGAUAGAUACAAAGAUUAUUAACAUAUUUAAAAAAUACAUUUUAACUUUUUUUAUUAUCUUAUAUUCUCUACUGAAUUUUACUUAUGAGUAGUAAGAAACAGAAACAAAAAAAAGAAAAAAGGAAAUUUAUACUAAUGAUAAGUGAUUCUAUUGAAACAUGAAUUGCUAUUCUCUUUUAUUUAUUUAAUAUGAACAAUACUACUACUAUUAGUAAUAAUAAUAGUAGUAUGUUUUUGUAGAAGGAGAUAAUGAAAAAAGUUCAUUAGAUUCAUAUAUGUAUAUGUAUUGUUCAUCUAUAAUCUUUUAGUUUCUUAUUAUCAUUUCUUCUAUUUUUAUAGAAUAAAAAUAAGUAUGAUCAUAAGUGGAUUAAAUAACGGUUUGUUCUUUUUCUUACAUUGAAACAUCUUUUAUCCACUUUGAUCUUCUUGUUCGAAUCCUUCGAUAUAGUCGAUUGGAUUAGUAUUUCAUUAGCUCUCAUAAUGAGAAUCAAUCUUCUCCAUUCAAAUUUUCUUUACACUCUUUUCUCUACUUACAUUUGUAAGUAAUUUCUAUUUGCUUUAUUUAAGUUUCUGAUUUCUCACCCUUCUUCUUUAUUCGCUUUGUCUCUUUCUUCUUUUCUUCUCAUUCUAUUUCUUUAUUGAAUUGUACUUUUUCUUUAGUUGAAACAUCUUUGUUAGUGAUCGACAUAAUGUCAUUCACUUUAACCUCUCGUUCGAAUUCUUCGAUAUAGUCGACUGGGUAGUAUUACCUUAGCUGUCAUAAUAAUAAUAUAACUAAUACUUAGAUAAUUCGGUAAUCAGUUCGUUAUCUUUUCUUUUCAAUCUUCUCUUUUCCCAUUUUCUGUAAAUUCUUUUCUCUGUCCUACAUUUGUACGUAGUUGAAACAUCUUUACCCCCUUUGACCUCUUAUUCGAAUCCUUCGAUAUAGUCGAUUGGGUAGUAUUAUUUAUUGUAAGCUCUCUCAUAAUGAGAAUAUAACUAAUACUUAAAUCAUUAGGGAUUGGGUUCGUUUACUUUUAUUCUUUAUUCAAUCUCCUCUUUUCAGAUGUUCUGUAGAUUCUUUUCUCUUUCCUACAUUUGUGCGUAGUUUCUGAUUUCUCACCUUUUUUCUUUAUUUACUUUAUCUCUUUCUAGUUUUGUUUUUAAAAUGUUGCCCAACAUUUUGCAGUGACUUGGUAUUAGUUUAUUACUUAUACUAUCAAAUUGUUUAUUUCAUUAUUCGAUCAUACUUUUUUUUUCCUUUUUCUUUUUUGGAUUGAAUAACUUGUAACAUAUUUGAUGUGUAGUUAUACUUUGUGUAUUAUGUACAUAUGAUAUACACAUUUACAUAUAGUCACCCCCCUCCAUCGAAAAAAAUAUGGUGAUUAGUAAUAAAAGAAAUGAUCUUAUUGUAUACUACUUCUUCUAAUAGUACCUUCAUUUUUUAUGGU